CCCUACACAGACCUUAAAAACCAGAGAAGUGGAUGGCGCAUUCUGACUCUCUGGGGUGACUGUGUGCAAACGGGAUACACCUCUGCAACUCAAGCUGUCCGAGCCGCGCGGGGGUCGUGAGGGCUGGGUAUUUAUUCCACUCGACCCCCAGUCUUAAUCCCCACGCUGUGAGAAAACCCCGACUUUGCCAAGGCCCCAAGGUGCAGCGCUGCUGGACAAAGGAGGCACUGUCCUCCGUUCCCAUCCUAAUCCAAGCACCCCUGCCUCUGACGACGCCUAGAGACUCCAGAGUGGGCGCUAAAGCUCCCAAAGCUGGUAGCAGGUGUCCAGGGCGGGCUCCGUUUUCCUCAGGACACCCUGGUUGACGUUUUGCCUUUCAUAAAGGCCCCAGCCUGCUUUCGGAGCCCGCAGUCCCGUGCCGCUGGAAACUGCGUCUCCUCGCAGCAUGGCCACCAACUUCAGCCCGGACGAUCCUCUGCCGCCGGGCCCGCUGUCGGCCCAGCAGACCACGCUCCUGCUGUUCCUCUCGGUGCUGGCCGCGGUGCAUGUGGGCCAGUGGCUGAGGCAGCGGCGGCGACAGCCGGGGUCCGCGCCCCCCGGCCCCUUUGCGUGGCCGCUGAUCGGAAACGCCGCAGCUCUGGGCCCGGCGCCGCACCUCGCUUUCGCGCGCCUGGCGCGGCGCUACGGCGACGUCUUCCAGAUCCGCCUGGGCAGCUGCCGGGUGGUGGUGCUGAACGGCGAGCGCGCCAUCCGCCAGGCCCUGGUGCAGCAGAGCGCCGCCUUCGCUGACCGGCCUCCCUUCGCCUCUUUCCGCGUGGUGUCGGGCGGCCGCAGCCUGGCUUUCGGCCAGUAUUCCCAGCUCUGGAAGGUGCAGCGGCGCGCGGCGCACAGCACCCUGCGAGCCUUCUCCGCUCGCCAGCCGCACAGCCGCCGCGUCCUCGAGGGCCAUGUGCUGGGCGAGGCGCGCGAGUUGGUGGCGCUGCUGGUGCGCGGCAGCGCGGGGGGCGCCUUCCUGGACCCGCGGCCACUGACCGUGGUGGCCGUGGCCAACGUCAUGAGCGCCGUGUGCUUCGGCUGCCGUUACAGCCACGACGACGCCGAGUUCCGCGAGCUGCUCAGCCACAACGAGGCGUUUGGGCGCACCGUGGGCGCGGGCAGCCUGGUGGACGUGCUGCCCUGGCUGCAGCGCUUCCCCAACCCUGUGCGCACGGCGUUCCGCGAAUUCGAGCAGCUCAACCGCAACUUCAGCAACUUUGUCCUGGACAAGUUCUUGAGUCACCGCGAAAGCCUACGGCCCGGGGCCGACCCCCGCGACCUGAUGGACGCCUUCAUCCUCUCGGCGGGAAAAAUGGCGGUAGAAGGCUCGGGCAACGGUGGCGCGCGGCUGGACGUGGAGUACGUGCCGGCCACUGUCACUGACAUCUUUGGCGCCAGCCAAGAUACUCUCUCCACCGCGCUGCAGUGGCUGCUCAUCCUGUUCACCAGAUACCCUACAGUGCAGGCUCAGGUACAGGCAGAAGUGGAUCAGGUCGUGGGGAGAGAGCGUCUACCCUGCUUGGACGACCAGCCCAAGCUGCCCUACGUCAUGGCCUUUCUUUAUGAAGCCAUGCGCUUCUCCAGCUUUGUGCCCGUUACCAUUCCUCAUUCCACUACUGCCAGUGCCUCUGUCUUGGGCUACCACAUUCCCAAGGACACAGUGGUUUUCGUUAACCAGUGGUCCGUGAACCAUGACCCAGUGAAGUGGCCUAACCCAGAUGACUUUGAUCCAGCCCGGUUCCUGGACAACAAUGGCCUCAUCAACAAGGACCUGGCCAGCAGCGUCAUGAUUUUUUCAGUGGGCAAACGGCGGUGCAUUGGGGAAGAGCUUUCCAAGGUGCAGCUGUUUCUCUUCAUCUCCAUCCUGGCCCACCAGUGCAAUUUCAAGGCCAAUCCAGACGAGCCCUCGAAAAUGGAUUUUAAUUAUGGCCUGAGCAUUAAACCCAAGCCAUUUAAAGUCAAUGUGACCCUCAGAGAGUCCAUGGAGCUCCUUGAUAGUGCUGUCCAAAAGUUCCAAGCUGGGGAAGACUGCCAGUAGGAAACUAGAAGCGAGCUGAUAUGGUAGAAGUGGAGUAAAAUUUGGGGGAUGGGGAGUAACAUUUUCUAGCCCCUCUGUGCCACUUUCUCAAUUUGCCUUAGAGGUGAGCAUAAACCAACUGACCCACAGAUGAUGUGUUUCACACACAUGUGCUCAGAUGAGCACUGGGCUAGGCAGGAGCUACAGGAAGAUUUUUUGAGGCAGCAUUAAAGGGCCCAAAGAAUUUUUAUAUAUAUCUCAAAUGUUGGUAAUAAUAAUUUCUCGAGGGAGCAUUCUUUGGAGUUAAAACACACAUGCAUGCACACACAAAACUACCCAAUGAGGAAAUACUUCAGUAACCAUGCAUUCAUGGGUGGGAUCCAAGAUUGAUGCUCCUUGUACAGAAAUUAGUUCCAUGGAAAACUAUAUUAAGCAAAGUUUCAGAAUAUAUUGUCAAACAUGCAAAGGCAAAUAAUUUCAGUGUAAGACAUAUGAUUGAGGGUGAUAAGGAAAAAGGUAAGGACCAGACAUUCCCUUCUUACCUUUUCAAUAAAAUAGGCUCUAGUGUCUAUGGAGGGACUUAUCUUUUUGCCUACUGGUAUGCUUUCUCUUACUUUUUUGCAUGAGUCAAAUGGUCAUUUUGCUCAAAAAGAAAUUAAUAGUAGAAGAUUUAGUGGUUAUAGUGGGUUUCAGUGAUUUACCAUGAAUUUUAAAGUGUAAGUUGCUAAACUGUAAAAAUUCCAAACUGAAGUCAUAUCUGUCUUUGUUGCCAAAGUACAGAAUUUCAAUUAUGAGCAAAAAAAGAAAAAAAAAGAUUUAACAGCCCAGCUAAGCUUUAAAUUAUGUGAUUGUAGUGCACUGAUUUCAUUAAGUCUUGUAGGUUAAAAAUAAAGUCACUAAAUAAUAUUCAAUAUGUAUACAUAUAUAAUUAUUCAUAAGCAGUAUAUAUUAGGUAUUGCAUUAAAUAGUAUUAAUUAUUUUAGUCAAGCAAAGUUUGGAAAAGUGUAUGUCUUUUAUAAUGUCAUAGCAAAUCAUAUAGUACAACCAAUUCAACUAAUUUUGGGCUCAAAUACAUGAAAUGAGCUUGAUUAAAUCAAUCAUAUAUAUAUAUUUUUGACAUGGAAACUUUUUGAAAUUGAUCUGGUUAGUAUGUUAUGAUUUCAAGCUUUUGGCAUGCUUAAAUUUUAAUUGUAAAUUCUGGUAAUCGACUUCUAGUUGAAGUUACUGGGAAUCUGACCGUUAGGCUGUGAAAAGCAGGGAAAUUUAACCUGUGUCUGCCUGAUGAAUAACGAAAAAUUCAGUGACUUAUCUGGAUGUUCUCUUUAUUAGGUAUCAAGGGGGGAAAUUUCCAUUACAGGAGGCCUAGUUUCUUUUUCAAAUGGUUUUUAAAAAGUAACGUUGUGUUUUGGAAAGUCAGAAUCAGACGGUAGUCUUAGGAGUCUGUUUUGAGGAUUGCACUGUGUUCCUGUGGAGCUGAUCAGAUGGGUUGUGCCGUUCAGGAUGGUCAAGCCAGCGAGCAGUCACUUUGCUAACUGUGAAAUUGUAAAGCUCGAACAAAAUAUAUGUUCAGUUUAUCUAAAUAAUCUGAAAACCUUACAAAAAUGCGAUGAAAGAUUGCAGAGGUACAAAGUGAAGUUGGAGGUUUUAACUUUCACAGCACAUAAACUUCCAAAGGAAGUGAGCUUACUGCUUAUUACAUUUUAUUAAAAUGAUUUUGGGAAUCUUUUCAUCAAAAUUAUAAAGGAAAGUACAUGAUAGUUGCAUCAGGGGGUGGUAAGAGAAAAGAGGGAAAAAUGAAAAGGAAGAAACAUGAUUAAGCAUUUCCCCCACCAAUUACAAAUUCAUUAUUUUGAAGCAUGGACAUUUAGAAAAAAGAUGUUUCAUGUGCUAAUGUUAAAUCCCAAGUGGCCUUUCUUUUUGAAGAUUAGCAACACAGAAGAUCUAUUUUGAAUUUGGGAUUUUUACAUUAAACAUUUCAUAUAAUUUUAAUUAUAAAGUUUCAUAGCUGCACCUCUCGAAUGUGGAAAACUGUACCAGUAUUUUUAAAGGCACUAAAGUCAACUAUAGAAAGCAGGCUUACCCAAUGCAUUUAAACUUUUUGGCACUGGCUAUUCCAAAACAUUACCUCCCUGUCCCCCAGUUGUGCUGAGACAGUGAUUUGGGGCUGCCCUAGCAUAUUUACUUUGAGAGAUGUGUGGCAGCAAAAGUAAUCAUGUACCAAUCAGGACGCCUCAUUAAGUGAACCAGGUCCAGAUGUGCUAAAAUCUGUUUUAAUGCACAUAGGCUCAGUUCCUCUGGUGUUUUUGGCAAUUGGAAAGCUGUGCUUAUAUAGAGGAAAGUAAGGUGGGCACUUGGCAGUUACCUGGUUUAUUUAAUAUGUUUAUAAUCUAUUAAAGGAAAGAAAGCAAAAGCAAAACCAAACAAAAAUAACCAAAUUUGGGGGCUCCAGUAAUUGGGUUACUGGCUUAAUCAGGAAACCUCAUUUUAUUUGUGUCAGAGAAAGACUGUAUUCUCUGGUCACCAUUAGAGUCAGAACAUCUACUCUAGGUUAUUGUAAUAAGGUAUAUUAUUUAUUAAAUACUUCUUUAUAUAUUAAACCUUUGACUUUGUAAGAAAAUUGCUUUUGCCCAAAACAAAAGAUGUCUCAGGUUUGUUUCAUGGAUUAUCUGAAAGCUUUUAUGUCUCAGAACUUAGCCUUUACCUGUGAAAUAUUAUUAAUUGCCUUAAUAUUUCAUAUUAGAUCUAUAUUAGAUCAAAUAGUUACAUAGCAUUAUAUAUUAAUUUGUAUGCUUUUAGCUAUAAUACAGCUGUGAUGGAAAGGUAUUCUUUAGAUUUGUUUAACUCAUUUAUCAAGAUGAACUCUCUAACUUUUUCUUGCAUUUUAUCAUAUAUUCUUUUAACAUGUAUAUAGCAACUAUAAUACAUAGUUGUAACUGAAAUAGAUUUGGGGACACAGCAUUAAUAUGUAACUUUUGUUCUUUGAUAUGCCAAAUUAAAAAAAUUUUGUAUCUAUAGUUACCUAUACACAAUUACCAAAACUGUAUCUGUAUUUACAGGACACCAUUACCAAAAUAAUAAAAGUCACUUUCAUAA